AUGCCCCCGCUGCCCGGCACUGUGGGCCUGGCAGGCCUGCUCUUCUGGGCAGGCCAGACAAUGAACGCCUUGAUGCCCAACGCCACCCUGGCACUGGCCCAGACCAAGGGCACAGCUGUGAGGCCCCUGAGUGGCCUGGGGGUGCCUCGGUACCGGCGGAAGCGCCACAUCUCUGCCCGGGACAUGAGUGCCUUAUUGGAUUAUCACAACCACAUCCGGGCCAGCGUGCACCCACCUGCUGCCAACAUGGAGUAUAUGGUCUGGGACGAGCGGCUGGCCAGGUCGGCUGAGGCCUGGGCCUCCCAGUGCAUUUGGGCCCACGGGCCCUCACAGCUGAUGAGAUACGUGGGCCAGAACCUGUCUGUCCAUUCCGGCCGGUACCGCUCGGUGGUGGAUCUUGUGAGGUCUUGGUCAGAGGAGAAGCGGCAUUACUUGUUUCCUGCCCCAAAGGACUGUACCCCGCAUUGCCCCUGGCGCUGCCGUGGCCCUGUCUGCUCCCACUAUACCCAGAUGGUGUGGGCAUCUUCCAAUCGGCUGGGCUGUGCCAUCCACACCUGUGGCAGCAUCCGCGUCUGGGGCAGCACCUGGCGCCAGGCUGUGUACCUGGUCUGCAACUAUGCCAUUAAGGGUAACUGGAUCGGAGAGGCACCGUACAAGACGGGGAGGCCGUGUUCCGCCUGCCCACCCAUCUACCAAGGCAGCUGCAGCAGCAACCUGUGCUUCUUGAGACGCAAGUCCAACAAGCUUCUGUGGUUCUGAAUUUUCCAUGGGCUCUGGCAGGCCUCCGGCUGGGCCUGACGCUCCAAGAGUCCCUUCCCCAAGACAGGGUCAAGGAAUACUUUUUUAAGGAUGUGAGUUGGGCUCACUUCACCUACCUGAAUCUUCCCUCCUGUUUCCAUUUCCUAAGCGUCCAGCAUGUACCAGGAGAAAACAGCCUCCUUGCUUUCCUUCUUACCUGUUACAUCUUUUUCUCCUCCGGCCUCCGGGAAAGAGGCCUGCAUCCUCAAUUGACUCAGUUCUCAGAGAGCCAGGGCUGGAAGAAGCAGUGGCAGCAGCUUUUGGACUCUCAGGCCUCCAACCCGCAAGUCUUUGUGUAUCCAAUAAACUACCUUCAUUCAUUCAGUAAUAGCCAACCAGCUUCUGGGCCGUCUUGGUGAGCCAGUGGUCUCCCUCUCUGAUUUGGGACCAUUUCAGUUGCAAGCUUUUACAAAAUAACUGUAGUUAGCUUGUGGACAGCCCACCCCUAGUGUACGUUGCUGAAGCCACUGCAGGGUCCAGGCACCUUUUUUACAGGUGGGCACACUGAGGCUUAGCGAAAGGGCAUGACUUACUGAGAGCUGCAUGGCUUGUCUGGGAAGGUACCCAGGUUGAAGCCCAGGCUCUGACAGCUCCUUCAGUCUGUUCUAGACACCUCUCUGAAUGCUCAGAACUGACAAGCUAAAAGCAAAGCUCACCUGAGGGAAUUCUCUCUUUUAAGGCUUUUUUUUUUUUUUCUUCCUGUGGCUCUCUCUGUCUCUCUCUCCUUUCUUUAUUUCUCCCACAGAAUCUCAUUCUCAUUCCCAGAAACCUCCCCUCUCCCCACCCCACCCAGUUAUCAAAACACACAAAAGACCUUUUGUCUUUAGAGAUAGUAAAAUCUCUCCCUCAGACCUUGCCCUCCAGCUGGGGCCCCCUCCCUGCCUGGCUGAAGAGAGCUUCAUUCAAAGACCCGGAUGGAAAACAAGCCCCUUUUCACAGAGUCCCUACAUGAUCCUGGAUGGAAUGAGUAUUCUUCCCUCUUGGACAUUCCCACCUAGUCUACGACCUGUAGCUGUGUCUCCAAUAUCACCUUCCUCCGCCCUCAAUAAAGUUCUCUGACAUCUCAUGCAGUGGCUCUUUCUGGUCCCCGUCUUGGUCCUCAGGAGGGUCAAAGAGGAGAGAAGGAAGCGGAGCAGAGGACAUGGGCUGUGGGGAAACCAGCUCAGGAAGAAGGCCG